GUAUUGCGUCACUGCAUGUGGGUGUGGGAGCAACUUUAGGAAACAAAGUGUCCAUCGCUUCAAAAGUAGCCUACCACACACUUAAAAGUUGUUCUCAGUUGGUCUGAAAUUUUCGAAAAAGAAACCCUAAAGAGAUCAGCAGACGUUCAGAUCACUGACUCGGUCCUGGUUCAGCUCUCAGUAUGUCCGAUGGGGACUAUGAUUACCUCAUCAAGUUCCUCGCGCUGGGGGACUCUGGGGUGGGGAAGACCAGCUUCCUAUAUCAGUACACCGACGGCAAAUUCAACUCCAAAUUCAUCACCACAGUGGGAAUAGACUUCAGAGAAAAACGAGUGGUGUACAAGUCCAGCGGUCCUGAUGGGACGGUCGGGAGAGGACAGAGGAUCCACAUCCAGCUGUGGGACACGGCCGGUCAGGAGAGGUUUCGGAGUUUGACCACAGCGUUCUUCAGGGACGCCAUGGGCUUCCUGCUGCUCUUUGACCUCACGAACGAGCAGAGCUUCCUCAAUGUGCGGAACUGGAUGAGUCAGCUGCAGACGCACGCGUACUGCGAGAAUCCUGACGUCGUCUUGUGCGGAAACAAAUCAGACCUGGAGGACCAGCGCGCGGUGACGACAGAGAGUGCACGAGAACUGGCCGAGAAAUACGGUGUCCCGUACUUCGAGACGAGCGCUGCGAGCGGCGAGAACGUGGGUCGUGCCGUGGAGGUUCUGCUGGAUCUGAUCAUGAAGCGCAUGGAGAGAUGUGUGGACAAAUCCUGGAUCCCGGACGGGAUGGUUCGCACCAACGGCCACAGCACCAGCGACCUGGCAGAGCCGCGUGACGCCGAACAGAGCAAGUGCGGCUGCUAAUGCCGUAAGAAUCUUUCCAGCCGAGGCUCUCUGAUCCUCUUCAUUAGCACGAGUACACAUCACGGUUGAAUUGAGCGGAUGUCGAGGAUGAGAGACCCUGCGCUGCGUUAAAGACACACGACAUUUAUUCUCAGAAUGGAUGGACUAAAGCCUCCUAGAUUCAAGUCUUCACGUUUUCAGAGCACUUUACACCAAAUCCUGCAUUUAGAAGCCUUAAUGGGCUGGAAUCCUCUCACUGCGUGUUUCACUGUUAGUGCACAUCUGCUGUUAAAACUAGACGUGCAUCAGUGCACGGUUACUCUGAUCCUGACACAGGUUCCCGUUGAUUUUCUAAAUGAGAACCCCACAUUCAAUCACUGAAAGUCACAGGGAAAAAUGCAUGUUAAAAAAUUUAUAUUUUUAAAAUAUUUGUUUAAAAUAUAUAUUUCUAUAAUGCACAACCUGUACCACUUUUUCAAAAAAUUACAAAAAUUAAGAAAAGUAUCAUAAGGACCGGAAAGGUCAUCAUGGUUAGUAAUGAUGAGAAAAUUGUCAGAUAAAAAAAAAAAAUAUAUAUAUAUAUUUUUUUUUUUUACAUCAUCCCCACCUUUUGUCACUUAAAAAAAAAAGAACAUUAAGAAAAGCAUCAUAUGGACUUGAAAUGGCAUGAAGGGUAGUAAUGAUGAGAGAAUUGUCAUUUUUCCUGUAAUAAUUUGUGCUCUAGUGGACUGAUGGUAAAUAGCGCUCACUUCUAUGCCACUUUUUUUUUUCACAAGUUUUAACACUUUUAAAUGUGUUACUAUGUUAUCUGUAGUCAUGUAGAUGUCAGAGACCAGUUAAAUAAGUAUUUAGCUGUUACUGUAUUGAUUUGUAGGUUAGAGGUUGAUUUGUAUUGUACAUUUGUGUAGACAUUCACCGGUUGGUUGUGGUUUUUUCUGUACUUCUGGUCGCUGGUUCAUGUAGAGUUCCUGCCAUUUCAUUUAAUUACGGGACUUGGAAUGAGGUUUAGAUGAAAUCCACAUCUAUACUGUAAAUUGUGGUCACGUUUCUCAAUAAUGGUUGCAGAAUGCCAGUAGAUGCGUUUAUUUCACAAAAGCAAAGCGAACUAAUUCUGAGUGAACGUUUGUAAUCUGUGGACAUUUCGGUUUCUUUUACAGAAUCAUUUCUGAAGUGCUUUAUUCUGCUGUAGUGCCUGUAACACUGUAUCAUUGCCAAACACUGUCUUUUGUGCCAAAUACUUAACUCUAUUUGAAAAAUAAAUAAAUAUAUUUUAUUAUUUAUUA